AAUUUCAAAGAUUGAUGUCGGAUUUGUUUACAACACGAAAAAUAUAUUGAGUAAAACAAAAAGACAUUACGAGUGCAGUACUAUGAAAUUUUAUCAGUAACUAACCUUAGGCUUCUCAAGAAUAUACAUUUUGUGAUUGUUUUCUGUAGAAAUUGUGAACAGAAAAAUGAAUACGAGGAAACAGAAGCACCAAACAGGCUUUGAUGUAAAAAAAUCAAAAGCAGCUGUUUCUCAGAUUCACCAUGAUUCAAAAAUUCACAUCGGUGGUUUUAAAAGACAAGGAGACAACAUGGCUGAUCCCAACCAGAAAAGAAGACCUGCAUUUGGAGAUAUAACUAAUUCUAUCAUAGAAAACAAAGGGUUGGUUAAGAAAGGAGAAGGAAAACAGAACAUACCUGUGAAAGCUAUGGUUGUGAACAAACUGAAGCAGACAAAGACAAAGAAACACAAGAAAGAAAAUUUGGAUGAUGAAGUUAUUCAGCUGUCUCAGGGUUCUGUAGUGUCAAGUUCACAAGAGAGCAAUUCAACAUCAGACUUAUCAGAUACAGAGAUUGAUGAGCAGUCCUUGACCUUUACUGUAGAAGAUACUGAACCUGAGAUAAAUACACCAGAGGGUGUUGACAAUAUUGACAGAGAAAACCUAAAAGACAUAGCACAAGUGGCAUUAUAUGCUCCAUUUAUCUUCAAUUACUAUAAGGAAAGAGAGCUAAAGUUUAUGGUACCUAUGUACAUGGACAAUCAGCCUACACUAACAACAAACAUGAGGUCUAUUUUGGUGGAUUGGUUGGUAGAAGUCCAGGAGAAUUUUGAACUUAAUCAUGAAACCUUGUAUCUAGCUGUCAAACUGGUGGAUACAUACCUUUCAAAACAGAUUGUCACCAAAGAACUUCUACAACUUGUAGGAGCAACAUCAUUGUUCCUAGCUUGUAAAUUUGAUGAACGAUGUCCUCCAUUGAUAGAAGAUUUCCUUUACAUAUGUGAUGAUGCUUACAACAGAAGAGAGUUCAUCUUGCUGGAAAUAUCAAUAUUUAAAACUAUAAAUUAUGACAUUGGCAUGCCCUUGUCAUACAGAUUUCUACGUAGAUACUCAAAGUGUGCAAGAGCUUCCAUGGAAACCCUAACCCUUGCAAGAUUUAUAUUAGAAAUGUCCCUGAUGGAGUAUGAGUUUAUCAAGUACAGAGAAUCCAAGAUGGCUUGUGCCUGUUUACAUCUGGCUCAGAAAAUGAAAAAAAGUGGAGAAUGGACAAGCACAUUAGAGUUUUACACUGGUUAUAAAAAUGAAGAUAUUCUACCUCUCAUGAAAGAAUUAAAUCAGAUGAUUGCAUCACCUCCUAAACAUCUGAACACAAUAUUGUCUAAAUAUUCACACCAUGUGUUUUAUGAGGUAGCAAAGAUAAAGGCAUUAAGUUCAAGUGAAUUCAGCUGAAGCUAGUUAAAGCAUAGUAAUAUUUAUGUUCUGGAAUCUAAGCUUACAUCACAUCAACCAUAAAGAGUCAUCAAACUGUUGUACAUUUUAUCACAUGUUGCAUGGUGCUACUUAACAUUAUUACUGAUCAAGUUUCAAUUUUAGGAACACAGUUCAUGUGUUAAUUUUAAUUUCUCAAAUCAUUACAACAAAAAGAAGGAGGUCCAUGAAUGCCAGAAUUAGACCAUUAAAAUCAAAGCAUUAAAAUAUAAUUGCUUCACUUUCUAACUGCAAUCAAUUUGUGAUCUAUUGAUGUUUAUAAUUGGAUCAGAGCAUGCAGCUUAUUUUUUACAAGAUCCAAAGCCCUUCUCCAAAUUUUGUCUUAGGUUUUAGUUUUAGGUUACACAUUUAUGUCCUAGUGACUGAUCAAAUACAUUUUAAACAACUUAAUUUUAUGUCAAUCUAAUAAAUGAAAAUUCCUGCCAAAAAGAUUUGAUAUUUUAUUGGUUUUCAGGACGCUUUAUGAACCUACCUCCUUUUGUAUAUAUUUAAGUUUUAUCAGUAUUGUAGAAUGUUUUAACGAGGAAGACUCACAAUAUUUACUACAAAUUUAUAUCACACUUUUUAUUCAGUUAAUCAUUAGUUUUAACAUUUUUUGUUCUUUUGUUUUAUUCAUUUUGAAAAUUAUUUUUAGAGGAAGAUGAACCUUUUGUAGAGAGUUUAAAAAACUGAAAAAUCAUGAAAAUUUUAUUAUAAAAUCAGUGAGUAUUCUGUUUUAAUAAUGAUGAACAAAUAUUUGAUUUAAAACAGGUUGUUUUUAUAUAUCUACUUUGAAAUAACUUGAAAGAUUUUUUAGAAUGUUUGAAACAAGCUGUUAAAAUGAGAACAUUUCAUCAUGAGAUACAAUUUAUCUGACAGAAAUAAUCUAUAUAAUAUGGUUGUUGAUAUAUAUACUAGCUAAUUGAAUAAGAUCAAACAUCUUAAAUUUAAAAGUAGCUGCAUGAAAGCAUUGAUAAGAAUAAGCUAGUCUCCUAGAUUUUAAAUUUGGUCUAAUAUAUAUUUAUAUACCUUUAGACAUGUAAUAAAUUUUAUAGAUUUUUUUAAUUUAUUUAUGUAUAUAUAUAUAUUAAGAUUUUAAGAACAUUCUGUAAUUGAUAUAGGAGUUAGUCUUUAUAUGGUUAUAAUGGUCUUUUGACAUCUUUUACCAGUCAAAGACCACGAUUUCUUUUAAUCAAUUAUAGAACUUUGUAAGGGUUUUAACAUACUGUGAAUUCAUUAAUAUUCGUGGGAUACCAAUUUUUGUUGAUUUUGUGGGUUAAGGUUAACCACGAAUUUAGAUGUUCAACGAAGUGCCAAUUAUCUAUAGGAUUGUAUGCAGACUUUGGCAUACCACGAAUUCAAAUAUCCAUGAAUAUACAAUUUUUCCUCAAUCCACAAAAAAUUGGUACCCACGAAAAUAAAUGAAUCAACAGUAGCUGGAAACAGACGGCUUCCAAGUCAAUAAAACUGAAAUAUGGUUGUUAUACAUUUCAUUCAUAAGUUUAGUAAAAAGGUUUUACUGUUGUCCCAGAAUAAACUUUGUACAUACUAGGGAAUAGUACUGUAAUAUACUGAAAUAGAGAAUAUCACUCCUGUAACCCCUAUCCUCUAAGAAUUAUGUCAGAAAAAUUAAUUGGUAGUUUUAUUACAUAUUAUAGUGUUGAUUAUCUAUCUGUAACUCUUUCCUAAUAUCUUUGAACUUUCCAUCCUUUUAUAACUCUUCAAUCCUCUCUCUCUGUUGUGUAUUUUUGUAAUACAUAUUUAACAUGGUAAUGUCAAAUUGUUUGUGUUCAUGUAGAGGCACAAUUCAUCUGCUUUCCAGUUUGUCAUUAAAAAAGUAUUGGAAAUCUUUUAUUUUAGUCAUUUAACCUGUCCUAACAUCAUAUUGUUUAUAGAACCAUCCUUGUGUUUAUACUAUUUGGUUUCAAGGAAUAAUUCUAUAUCUACCUCAAAAAUAAAUACUCUGUUAUAUAUAGAAGUACACCAUUAUGUUUACAUGAGAUCAAUAUCAUGUGGACAUUAAUAAAAACUAUUGUUACCAAGGAUCUUUGGUACAUAGCAUCUUAUAUUCCUUUCUAUAAUAUACUUAGUGUUGCAAUUUACUUGUAACAUGAUAAAAGUUUCUUUCAUCUUUUUUAAUCCAUUGAACAGACAGUUGUAGUUAAAUAUAAAGAUGUUGCUGAUGAUGCACUUUAUUUACUUUUGUGGACAUAUUACACAAAUCAGGCCAAUUGAAACAGAAAAUGACUGAACUUUAUAAUCCUUGAUGUACCCAGUUUUGAAUAUUAAUUUAAUUAUAUAACCGAAAGUAAAAAAAUAUCAGCCCCAUAAUAACAGUGGUUUGAAACUGAGGCUUCCAAAGUAGCUUUCUGAUAUUCUAUCAUAAAGUAUUUAUGUCUGAAGUCAAUCUCUCCUCUACUCUAUUGAUCCUGAAGUUUGUACAUAUUUGUUAAUAAAUGUUGUUUUAUA